GUACGUGAAGUUUCAGUGUGGGUGUAGAUGAGCAAUCGUCUCCAGUGGGGCGUGGCCUGUACCUGUAUAAAUGAAAGCAUGUCUGGAAUGUCAUUCAUUGCACUGACCAACACAAAGACAGCACAAACAAAACGAACUUGCCAUGCAGAACUCAAUAGCACAGUGCUUUCUCCUUUCUGUAUGGGCUGUUAUUUUUAGCUCUUGUCUGAGAGAGAGUGCAGCUCAACAGGGGCAUGAGGAAACGUACAAGGGCCUGCAGCUUGAGGCUCUGAAGAGCAUUAUUCUGGAGUACCUCGGGAUGGAUGCGCCACCCGGGCCUGGAGGAAGAGCUUCUCAUCAGGACCUGGUCAGGAUGUACCGUCAGUAUAGGAGAAUGGGACACUUGCUUAAGGGCAACUCCAGUGAGGAACAGGAGCUUCAGCCUGCAAGAAGAGCCUCUACGGUGCUCUUUCCCAAAACAGUACAGCUCCUGAAUUCUUCCGUGGAUUCCCAGAAGCAGUGGUUCAGAGCUGUCUUCUACAAAAACUCACGCAUUAAAACUGGAGUCAACCUCAAACAUGCAAGGCUGCAAAUUAAGAGACCACACACAGACAAAAUCACACCAGGCCAGCCGUGGCUCUCAAAAGACAUUGUGGUUAGAAUGCAUAAACCUCCUGGUUUUCAUACAGAGACUGUAUUUCACGCGGGGGACCUGAGCUCUCGGGAUGUUACGUUGGAUUUGACAUUUGCGGUUAAGAAGUGGCUUAAGGACAGCAGUGCUGAGCUUUUAGUUAUUGAAAUUUGCCUCCUUAAAAAACAAGAAGUGAGUACACAAUCCACGCCUCAGCUUGUUUUACAACUUGACCAAGCAGUGAGGAGACGAAACAAGAGAGCUCUGUCUACUAGAGAGGAAAGCGUUGAUGAUGAAAGUCACUGCAGGCGAAAGUCUUUAAAUGUUUCUUUCAAAGACAUCGGCUGGUCAGACUGGGUUAUUGCUCCCUCGGGCUACACAAUGCACUACUGUGAUGGUUCCUGCCCACACAAUUAUAAACCUGCUAGUAUGCAUACGCAGGUAAAGUCUCGUCUGCAUCUCUUGUCUAAGGGAACAACACCCGGGCCUUGCUGUGUACCAGCUGCAUAUGAGCCAAUGGUUCUCAUGCACUAUGACAGCCGUGGAAAGUUGAAGCUCACGCCUUUCAACGAUUUGAUAGUUAGUAAAUGCCACUGCGCUUGAACAGCACUGGCACUGGUUAUCCACUGAACACUGUAUUCUCAAAAGAGAAGAUGAAAAGGAAGCAAAAUAUCUAGCUGAUAAAAUGCAAAUCAAUUUUAUCACCCCCAUGUGGUUACAUUACUUAGGUUUGGCUUCUUAAGGAAACCAGAUGCGUGCUUUUCUGCAUAACACUGAAAUGGGUACUGUAUUUCCAUGUGAUUGACUUGCUGGAAUAUCAAGUUAUUUAUUGUAAUUUAUUUGAAAUGUUUUUGUACUCGUUUGUUGCUUUGUUGUGAAUGAAUCAAGAAACCUUUUGUAUUUUUGAAAGAAUGUUAAUAAAGUUUAUUGCUUUAAGGAGAUGAAUGGCUGAAUCAUUGGUCACAUUUCAAUGCAACACUUUUGAAUAUAAGAUGAAAAUCCUCACAUACAGUAAUUUAUAAAACCCAAUCAAAGGUUGAGCUGCUAUAAAAUCUCCGGAUGUUGUAAAAAGCUUUAAAUCUAUGUUUAAAUACUAUGAAAUUGUGGAGAAGAGGCCAUCGGAAUGAAUCAUAUGUCUGACUCACUCUGAUCAUAUAACAAUGAGCUAUAAAAUGAGAUCACACUUACGUUUUACAUACGUACGUUUAAAUUACAGUCUUUUACAAUAAUAAUUUACAAUUUCCACCCCCGGUUCUAGAUAAUAUUUCAAGGUGGGUCAUUCCAUAAAUACCCAUAAAAGGUAUUUAUCCGUGUCAAUCAAUAUCCAUAUUUAUCCUGUCUAUAAAGAUAGGUCAGAUCUAACAACUGUAGCCUUGAAAACACACAUAGGUGUCGCUGGCCUUGACCAGAGAGUGAAUGUCCUCUGAAGCAACCACAGCAGAGACCUGAGUUCAUCUGUGACUCAGUUUUUAUAUAAUACUAGUCUCAUUGUAGUCCAUAAAUAUUUGUUGUCUGUUGACCCUGCAAGAUUUUGCUGACUAUAAAUAUUUCUGAGAUGCAUUAUUUGAUGUAUUGUUUUGACGUAAUGUUAUAAUUCACUUGGUAAUGAUAACAAUAAUAUCUGCAAUCAUCACACACCGAGGCAUAAAGCAAUAAACCAUUCCUUGUACUUCUGAUGUCAUUUUACUCACUUCAAAGACGAAGUUAUGGUUCAUAUAUCAAUAAAAUAAAAAAUGUAAUAGGUUUAAAUAUUAUGAAUCAUGUUUAAUAUAAAAAAAGUUGUGAUAUAAACAAGCAUUUGCUAUCUACUUCUUACGCAUGAGGGUAUAGUAGAAUUACAGUAAGGAAAUAUAAUAAAGUAGGCUGUCAAUAGCCUGCUAACACAUAAAAGAUUAAAUAAGUGUCUGUCUCAAACUACUGAAAGGCCCUAGAAAGUCGCUAAAUAAACAUUCUUCAGCCAGGACUGUGGUACUUAUUUUGAGAAUGUGAAAUAUAAUAUUUAAUAUCUAAAUUUUAAUCAUACAUUCCACAUUUAUUAUUUAAUAUUAUAAAAAAUUGGUGACGGUGAUAGCAGCAUGCCGAUAUCAAUCUUUUCCUUCUUUUUUUUUUUUUGACACAGACAUUUUUCACUAAUAUCUUAGGCCUACAGAAAACACCAAGACAGUUAUAUGUCAUAACCAUUUUACUGAAAAAUGAUGGCAUACAUCACAUUAAUGAUUAGCUUGUGCUUUCAAGGCUGCACUUUCUAAAGAUACACUCUCAGAAAAACUCACUAAUAUGUACACUUCAGGUAGGCUACUAUAUACUUAACGUACUACAUGCUUUAACUAAUAUGUACUUUUAAAGUACUAAUAUGUACCUUCAAGGUACUAAUAUGUACCAGUUACAGGUAAAUAAGACACAAAGAAAAAAAAAAUUCUGAGAGUGUACCAGGACCA